GUCAGAUCGGCUCGUGGAGUAAGCAGUCAAGAGAGACUUGGACUAGAGUUAGCCACACGGUCCCCACGCGAAGGACACGAGAGCUGUACACUGCCAACCCUUUCCGCUCUUCUUGUCCCACCGUCAGAGGCUGCAUCCAUCACUUCAGAAGAAACUGUCAGCGAGAUGGAAACUACAACAAUCACCACCACGCAGACGGCAUUCACCUUUGGACUUACUGAAAGACACGCCAGCCUCAGCCUGCACGCCCCGGCCCAGGACUGCGCCGUGCCCGCCGUGCACCCCGGCACCAACGCUGCCGGCUUCCAAAGCAAAACCAAGGUGCUGAAGAGACAGCGCUCCAGCUCGCCGGAGCUCCUGCGCUGCAAGCGGCGUCUGAGCUUCAACGGCCUCGGCUACUCCAUCCCUCAGCAGCAGCCCGUGGCCGUGGCCCGGCGGAACGAAAGAGAGAGGAACCGGGUCAAACAAGUCAACAUGGGUUUCCAGACGCUGCGCCAGCAUGUGCCCAACGGCGCCGCCAACAAGAAGAUGAGCAAAGUGGAGACCCUGAGGUCUGCGGUGGAGUACAUCAGGGCUCUGCAGCAACUUCUGGACGAGCAUGACGCCGUGUCGGCUGCUUUCCAGUGCGGGUUGCCAUCCCCGACAAUCUCCAACAGCUACUCCGCCGACCCGGAGUCGCCUCACUCCACCUACUCGUCAGACGAAGGCAGCUAUGAGCCCCUGAGCUCCGAGGAACAGGAGCUGUUGGACUUUACAACCUGGUUCGACAGGUACUGAGGCGGACAGCAUCCGAACCACACAGCAGCGUGUGUGCGUAAAUGCGGCUGACUUCUUUUAGAAAUGCUGACAAAAGACUUGGUGAAGGCAUGAGAACAGUCUCGCCCUCCGUGCUUGGAAGUGAUCUGUCGCCUCCCUCCCUCACCCGGGCUGAUUCUGCAUGAGCAAAGCAAUAGAGAGAGAGAGAGAGAGAGAGAGAGAGAGAGAGAGAGAGAGAGAGAGAGAGAGAGACUUGUCGCCCUGAUGUCCCCAGAACAAGGAGGGAGUUGGACUCAUUCACGCGUGGAAGUAAAGAACUGUUGAUGUUAUGUUUGAAUAAGUGCAAUUAAUACGUGACACAGCAGGCUCUGCAGGCACGGCGCUGCAGUUCCAGAGGACUUGUCUGAUGAGUGUUUUCAUCAGAGCAGGACUGCCUUCCUCUGCUGCCACGUCUGUUGGAAGACACAACUAAAGAUGAUGCGUCAACAGACCUUUUUCGCCAUGUACAUUGUUUCCUCCCCUCCCAUAACAAAAAAGUGUACCAUACAACGACUUGUUUUAACACGAAGACAUAUUUUUGUACAUUGAGUCAAACAAACAAUGUUGUUGAACAGCCACUGCCACUUUUCCCUGACAGUGUUGUGAGAGCCAGCUGUCAGUAAAAGGCAGCGAGUUCGCAUGUGUGAGUUGUGUGACUGGACAGCAAUAUCAAGGCUACUACCUGUGACAGACUGUAGUUUUGUUCUUCUAAGGAAGUGGUAAGGAGACCUUUAUCAAUGUAUGCACUUGUUCUCCGUUUCCCAUUGACUAAAAUGUAAAUAUUCGAUUUUUUUAACAGAUAUAUUUUGUGUAAAACAAGUUUUAUAA